AUGUCCAUUCCUACCGAGAUUCUCGCUAUCAUUGCAGACAUUCUCCUUAAUAAAGAAAAAUUUGGCUGUAUUACGGUCUGUAAACAGUGGUACAAUGUAUUCUGGCAUUCUUUGUGGAAGCGUAUCGAAAUAAAUUCACAGGGAAAAUUAGAAACGAUAUGCACUCAAGCCAAUAUCCAGCAAAGCAUCUAUCAACAGCACGGACAUCGUAGUCAAGAAUUAUACAUUAAUUUUAAUGGCCAAGUAACCGACUCUCAUCUUAAGACAUUACGACUCUGUUUUCCAAAUUUGAAGCGGCUUUGCAUAAAAACCGGACUAUCACAGCCAACUAUUCUGGAAGAAAUCCAUGAUCAAUCACUUUGGGAAUCACUGACACAUCUAAGUAUUUGCUCAUCAAGAGAUGAUCUCGGAAGUAUGGCCGAGGCACACCUUGAUAUCUUAAAGUUUGUACCUCAUCUGAUACAGCUAGAAUUCACUGGCUACAAUGGGGGUGAGGGUAAAUGUACAUGGCAAGACAUUGAAACAGUACAUGCGCGAUUACCAAAACUGGAGAAUCUGAAGAUAUGCAUGGAAGGUUACGGAAUCGAACUAGAUGAAAUGGAGCAUCUUAAAAACAUUGUCCCGGCGACCAAAAUAACUGCACUUGCAACAGGAAUUUUUGAAUGGGAUAUUACAUGGGCCUACUAUUUUGCCUGCAAGUACCCAAAUAUUCAAAAGAUGGACUGCAGUUUCGAGCCUAUUCCUAAUGACUCGAAUGACUUUAAGAAAACUCUAUCAAUGAUUAUGAAUUUACAUCGUCCAUUUCAGUACCUAAAUACGAUCGAUAUAUAUGAAAGCAUGCUCCCUGAUUGCGUACAUGGCAGUAUAAUUAGUAUACUCAGCAAACUCAGUGUAAAUAUAAAAAGUAUCAAAUACAAGGUCGACAGCUUUAGUGACGAUGCCACAAAAGAUACUGCAAACGACUCUAUAAAGCGGAUGGUAAACGGCAGCUCAGCAAGUCUAGAGAGAUUUUCCCUGGAUUGCCAAGUAUAUCUUUCUCUGACGGACCUCUUUGCCAAUAUUGGAAUAUGCACACGCUUGGUUGACUUGGAGCUAACAAUACAAUUGGAAGAAAUAUUCUUGGAUAGCCUCUUGGGUUACUGUAAGAAUCUCAAGAAACUCACGAUACGCAGCCACAUAUGUAUGCAUCUUCGCAUCUUAUCCAACACAAUUCAACCACAUGGGCUAGAAAUAUUUGAAGUAUAUGAUUCGGCAAUCCACGUAGAAUCGUUCAAAAAGCUUUCUGAUGGAUGCAGAAAACUUAGCAGGAUGGUCAUAAAUAACGCAAGUAUCUAUGGGACAAUCUCUGAAAAAAAUGGCGAGCUUCGUAUUGAUAUGCAGAAUACGGAAUUUAAGUUCUUGAAAUUUGAUAAACUCCAUUUUGAUCACGAUAGCGAGGUUCUUGGUAAAGGCACCAGUAUCAAUUUUUUUGUCCUUCAUCCACUGAAUUUUUCGCAACGACGGGAAGUAAACCUUUGUGGAGAUGUUCUACCUUCAGGAGCAGAUUUCCCUUUGACUCUCUGGACUCAUCUAUACCACAGCUUCAUUGACGAUAAUAUGUACGAAUGUAUGCGUAUACUCGAGAAAGAUGAAAUCGAGUACGUCGAGGACUAUUUCAAUUCAUUUCAAAAAAACCUCAAGAAUGCAGUCGCUCCAGACUACAGCUUAUUUGCUCAUGACAACGAGGCUAACAGAAAUAUGUGGAAAUUUGAUCUUGUUCGAGGAUUUGCUACAUUUCAUUGUGGAAAAGCAGACCAGUAUGAAAUUAGGGGAUAUAUACUAAACGGCGACGCAUCGAGUCAGAUAACAACGUAAAAUGAUACGAAUAAAGCUUCUGCUCGGCAACCAUAACAGCUUCACGCAAUAUUUCACGUAGUCAAACCUCAUUUAUUCUUCUCCUUCUUUUUAAGAUGUUUUGGCUAGAAUAGUUUUUGAUAUCAUAUAAGUAUUGUUUAUUCGAGGGAUAGAGCGUAGAAUAUUCCUAUAAGCCGUGAUUGAUCAUACAGAUAUUGUAGUCAAACAACGUAUAUAUACCAAUUCACGAAAGGAUACCACAACUAAUAAUCCAAUAAUUUUAUAUUAAAAAGAAAAUGAAGACUAAAUACUUCAUCAAGAU